CGUGGUCGUGACUUUGGUGCAGCAUUCAUCGAUGAUAUUUCGCGGCACUUUUGACAACGACAAGGCAGAUCAGGAUCAGAUUCACGGCGAGCCAGAGUACAAGGAGCCAUCGGGCAUCAUCAUGUGUGCUGGCAGUCACGUGAAGGGAGGAUGGAUGACACAAAGCGCACCAACCAGGACGUGGCCAGUUUCGACUUGAGCUCGACCCAUCGGAUGCCGACUGUUUCUGCUGCGCAAGUUCUGGACGACCUAGGAGAGCAGCGGUCUCGCUUUGUGUCUACGGGCCUCGAUGACCUUGACGAAGCCCUCACCCCUUUGCUCUCAGUGAGUGGACAAGACCAGGCCACAGCUCCUCGAGGGCUUGAAACCAGCCAAGUCGUCGAGAUUUGGGGUCCACCAGGAUCCGGUAAAACAGCAUUUGCACUUCAGCUCGCGGCAAGUUCCAUCAGAUCUGGGCAUCAGGUCGUUUGGGUUGAUGGCUUUCAUCCCAUUUCCGGACAGAGAUUUCACAAUGUCUUGCAAGGUCACAUAGACCAAGCUGAAGACCACGCAGAGACCAGCCCGGUUUCCCUGGAUAGUUUGGAUGCGUUGCACCACUUCACCACCCCGAGCCUGGCUCAUUUGCUUGCGCUUCUGUGUAAACCGACGAGCUCUGCUAUUCCAGAUGGCACCUCGCUUUUGGUUAUUGACUCGUUCUCCGCCUUGUUUAACCAUGCGUAUCCCAGGAAUGUGGAAACGAAGAAGACUCCUAGGGGCCCAAGUGCUUCGUCAAGACGACUACAAGCUAUACAGUUCAUAAUAUCGAGUCUGCAGAAGCUUGCUGCCGCAAAGGAAAUUCUCGUCGUCAUCAUAUCUCAGUGCGCCACGAGGAUGCAGGCAGACCGGAGUGCGAUCAUCGCGCCAGCCGUCUCUUCCGCUGCACUCGAAGCCGGGUUGGGGACACGCUUAGUAGUGUUCAAAGACUGGAUCGGCCAUCAGGAAUCGUCGCGAAGUGCCAGCCUUGUCGGAAUCCAGAAAGUCAAUGGAACAGCAGUUCCAGAAGUCAUCGGACAAGUGUUUGCAUUUCAGAUCACCACAAGCGGGAUCAGGAACGUUCGGGACAGUCCAAGCCAAGACUUCCACGAUGUGGCUUACCACAAGCGCAAGCUGGACGAUACUGGCUUCGAGAUCGCUGAUAGCGACGAUGAUGUAUAUGGUUGGAUAUCAGAUGACGACACACGUAUACCCGGAAUGUCAACACAAGCCCAGGGUAGUGAGGAUUUGCUUCUUGGCGAGAACGACGAUUACGACAGCGUCAGUCCUCACAGUGGAGACGAAAGCGAGCUCAGUAGCCCGCCAGAAACUGAAGACGAGCUUUAGCCGUUGUCUUGACAGCUCAAGGGCUGGACCAUGACAGCUUUUGCAAAUCUCGGCAGAAAGUUGCCGUGAGAGUA